CCCAAACACCAACAUCAACCUUCACAAUGUCCUCCUUCGCCGUAGUAAAAGACAUCGACCACCUCGUCCUAACAUGCAAUGACAUCCCCACCACUAUAGAAUGGUACACCAAAUAUCUCGGCAUGAAGUCCGAGACCUUUACAUCAGCAACCGACCCCUCGGCUCCACCUCGCAGCGCCUUGAAGUUCGGCACUCACAAAAUUAAUCUUCAUCAGCGCGGUAAAGAGUUUGAACCGAAGGCGAGAACUGCUUUGCCUGGUACUGCUGAUUUGUGCUUUAUUGUUGAGGAUGGGACGGAUCUGCAGGGCUUGAUUGAGGGGUUUGAGAAGGAGGGUAUAAAGGUUCUGGAAGGGGGGAAGGUUGUUGGGAGAACGGGGGCUUUGGGAGGGAUUAGGAGUAUUUAUGUUCGUGAUCCUGAUGGGAAUUUGAUUGAACUUUCCCAGUACUCGAUGUAAGAGCUGAGGUUUAUCAACUUGCAUUACGAAUUUUUCGGCUCUUUUCUUUUCCUACGUGAGGAUCAUGGAUAUAGAGUUCUUUAUUCUCUUCCUCUGUUUGCAUCCUGUGAUUAUAUCUCAUCUCAUCAUGAUAAGCAUCAGACUCUAUGCUCUUCAUCGAAUAACAACCUGAAGCCGCAUCCUAGAAGGUGGUCUUGGCCAUCUAGAGACUCCAUACUGCUAUGACCAAUAUUCAGUGAAUUGGUAUUUGAACAGUCUGACUUUGCGCAAAUUUAUAGUGGUCCAGAAGGAGCUGGAUUUCCAACAAACUCCACAUGCCAAGGACAUAUCGUGGGUCAUUCUGUUUUAUACAAGUCUGUGAGACUUCUAGCCUCGUCUCUUGAAUGCAUUCACCGACAAAACAGAGUGACUUGGCUUAGAAGGACCUUCUGUUUAGGACAACAUCGAAUCGCUCUACCUAUCACCCCAGGGUCUGUUCAUAAGCUACAGUUGCGUCAAGUUGUACUUCAUCUAUGAUUAGGAGAUGCACAUCAUAUAUAAGAGCUUACGCACCAGCAUUCCAGAAACGAGGGGAAGGAAUAUGUAUAUAGCUCCGUUCAUUGGCCUGAUCGCUAUGGAGUUUCCCUACCUACCUAAGUAAUUGUAACAAAGUGGCUGGCUGAACUGCUGCACUUGAGCCGCAAUCAGUGGAGCUCGACCCUCACCAUGACUCACACAAGAAUCUUGUCUCGGCAAUCUCAGCUCCGGCACCCAGUUCCUUGGUAGAAACCGUCAAUGCAACUGUCGUCAUGUCUCAGACCUAAUGCAACUCAGUAGUGUCCACCUUUUCCGUAAGGAAAAGUGGGAGCGGCAUCUUUACCAGAAGAUCAGCAGGAACUAUUCCCAGAGUAUGAUAGAGCUUAUCUCCUAUUCCUCAUUCCAGUCCAACCAAGCUCCCGGUCACGAUCUACCAUCAUCGUGAUAUUACGGGGAGAUAUCUUGGGUUAAUUUUUAUGGCCAAUGAUCUUUUUUGUAUAUAACUACUCUUGUCAACAAAAUUUCAC